UUGCCUCACUGACUAAGAAGGUGGGCUUCAGGAGGCAGCUGCCUGGCCUGGAGUCAAGAUGUGAACGUGGCCUCAAAGAACUUCAUAACUCAAGAAAUGAGGAUAAAAACGGUCCCAGUUUGGUGGGAGAAACCGUCCAUCACAACUACAGCAUGGACAAAGGAAGGAAGGAAGACGGGAAGCAAAAAAUCAUUGAAGGAGCAAGGGAGAAGGAUGUGCGCUCUGCCCGUGGGAAGCGUGUUGCUGCAGACUCCUCGGCCUUCAAGAAGCGGCAGAAGUCAACCUCAAAGACCCGCUCACUUAGCUCCUCGGAGCCCAGUCUCUGGAAGAACAGCCUCUUCAACAAGUUCAGAAAUUUUGCUUGGCACAAGCGCCGCAGCAGCCAUUAUGAGCUCUCAAAUUGUGUUGAUUACGCAGCAUGUGAUCCUUGGUCUUUGGGGCGGCUUCAGAGACCUGCUGUUGGCAGCUGUGUGGAUAUGAAGAGUAGACCUGAUGUCUGCCCUCAACCUCAAGGAUCUGGGAAAGAGAAAUUCCCAUCUCAACCAAGUGAAAUGGAUUCUGUGUGGUCAGACUUGGUCCCAUCCACAUCCUUAGACGCUCUGCAUUUCUGGGUAGAUAAGUCCUUCUCCAUCAGCCAUUCUUCUCUGGACUGCCCAACAGCAUCCAAAAUAGAAGAAGAAGAAACUAGUGAAGCUCCCAAGUCUUUCUCUGAAAAUAUAUUAGAAGUUCAUUUAAAAUCAGAAACGUCUCUGCUUUCUAUUAGGAAUUCAGAAUUUAGUGACAGCACUGGGCCCAGAAAGUCUGGACAUUUUGGCAAAGGAACAAGACUUAAGAGUGUCAUGGCAGGCCCACACGUUCAGUGGCCUCCAGGAGCAGCAGAGGAUGCAAAAACCACCCCAACCAAGAAUCCUUCAAUAAUUCGCUACGAGAUUAUGAUCACAAUGACUAAGUCAGAAGAAGAAGCCGUGGAAGCCAAACCCACAGCCGGCUGUGGUGAGCAAAGCUCGCCUUGCCACUCAUCUGGGAAGGCAGCACUUUCUCUGGGGGUUGCUGAAUUAGAGAAAACAGAGGGACAACGUCACCAGAAACCUGCCAGACCGGCUUCUCGGUUGUCAGCGUGCAAGGAAUUCCAAAACUGCAACAGGUUGCAUGGGGUGGAAACCUGUCAGGUGUGCAGCUUGAUAGCAACUCCUGCCACUAAGAGCCUGGCAGUUCCGCGGGGACUGGAGAGCAGCCCAAGGGAAGGAGCACAGCGGAACGGUGCCGAUCCAGGGCAUUCACAGAAUGGCACCUCGGUGGAAGGGAAAGGCAAUAUAGCAUUGGAGACCUCGGCCAAUAGCAAAACCAGAGGAGCCCCUUGGGAAGGCAGCCAGGAGCAACUUCAGCCUCAAAGUGGGGCUGACACUGAAAAAGACCUGCCUUGUCCUAAUUCCAGCAUGGAGAAAAUUGCCGGCAAGGCACGUUCCCAUCCAAGCAAGCCGGGAGGUCCUCCCUCAAGCCCUUUACUACGAUGGAAGAAAAACCCCCCUGAAGCUGUCAAGAAGACGCCCUUCGGCAAAGUGUCGGCAGCCUCCCAGAGGGUCGAGGAAGAAGGCACCAGAGCCAGCAGCCCCUCUAAAGUGUCCAAGCUGCUUGAGGCCUGGGAGAAAGGACUGGUGGGGAUGGACGCCACUAGCCCAGCUCCUUCCGCUGAAACCAGACCCUCCCGUUCUCCCUUACCUGCCAGGCGCUUAUUUUCACCCCCAGAGGGUGCCAAUGCUUCUCAUCCCACCACUUCCAGGAAUUCUUUGCCAUGUAAGGUGUCCUCUGUGAAUGCCAAGCGAUGCCUUUCUCCAGCAAAUGCCAAGCAGUCUUUUUCUCCAACGGGGAGAAGGAAAUCCACUUUCUCGGAGGAGGCCAAGCGGUCGCGUUCUCCUGAUCCUUGGUGUCCUUCUGGGCCAACAGCAGAAAACCGGAGGUCCCAGUCUCCGGCAGAGAAGAGGCAGCCUCCGCCCCCAGCAGCAAAACCGCAGCUCCCUCCCGCACUCAAGGCCAAGCCAACACAUGUGUCCCCCUCCCCAAAAGGUAACAUCAGUUCACGUUCUCCAGUAGGGAGGAAAGAUACCCCUUCCAGAACGGAGAACCACUCCAUCUCAUGCCCGGAUGAUACCCAGCACUCAUCCUUCUUGGCAGGAAACAAGUCCUCCUAUUCUGUUGCAGAUAUGAGGCGUUUGUAUUGUGGAGGAAGCACCACAGCUGCUUCAACGGUGGACACCAGGCGGCCAUCCACCUUAGCAGAGAGCAGGAACAAGUCUCCCUCAUCAAAUGCCAGGAGCUCACCUUCCCCAGCAGUUCCAAAGUGCUCCUCACCCUCCUUGGAUAUGAGGUAUCCAUCCCCUCCACCGGACAAUGGAUGGUAUUCCUCCUCCACAGAUGCCAGGUGCCCUUCCCCGGGAGAGAUCAACUGCUUGCCUCCUCCACCAGAUGCCCUACUCUUGUCCUCCUCGGUAGACAACUCAUCCCCAGCAGAUGUUGGGGUCUUCCCUUCCCUGGUGGACUCCAGAAGCUUCUCUCCCACAGCAACAGAAGGGCGCUCCUGCUCUCCCAGCCCACAGAGGAAUUUUACUGCUCAUGGGCCUGUCUUUUCUCAAGUUUAUUCCCGACUUCCCAAGCCAAAGUGCCCAGUGAAGAAAGAGAUGCAAGAUGGCGUCAGUACCAGAGUUACCGAAUCACCUGGAGCCACACACUCUCCGGCUGCUGUUCACAAUCCUGGCGAUGCCGGAUUCCAGCAAGAGAGCCAGGACGCAAACACUAAUGGGCUGCAAGAGCAGAAUCUGGGCCUUUCUCGUGACAGCUUGAAUGGAACCGUCUCCAGGAAGGAAGGCCGUAUGCUAAACGGGGAUUUCCCCAAGAUGGAUGCUGGAUCCCUGAAGGAAAACAACUUCCCUGAUGCUUUGGCACUUCAAUCCUUAAGGGAAAGUUCUCCCAACACCCUCCAUUCUAUUCCAUUCUCCGGAUCCCUGGGGAGAAAUUACAUAUCCUCUGCCCCGAGCCCUGCAUUUCCUGAUGCGCGUUGUGUGUUCAAGCCAGUCCAGAACGCCAUGGGUUCCAGCACUGUAGGCAGAUCCCAUGCUCAGUGGUACAAUGGUACAAUGGGGAACAGCACGGUUGUUUUUAGAGCCCAACAGCAAGUCAUUGUGCCUCAGCCCGGAUGCUCCACCGUUUACCAAGUCGGGCGAGAACUUGUUAUGUCUGGAUCGGGAAACACCAGCCAGAGUCAGCGAGAGAAACCCUAUGCUCCCAGCUCCAACACCACCACUGCCUUGGAAGAAACCUGGCCAUCCUGGGACGAUCUCCCCAACGCCAAGUCCCCGCAAAGAGUCCACUCCUCCUUCCCCAAAUUUUGCAUCGUCUCCACACCAGAGUCACAGCCUGAGAAUGGCAUGACUCACUCUCAAAAUGCCAAUGUGAGGGAUGCCCAGGGGCCAAGGUGUGUGCCUGCGCCGAGCCCUGACCGCACAUCAAACAGAGACGCUGCUAUAGCCAGGGAGGGAGCAGAUCCGUUCAGCGCAACCCAGAGAGACGGCAGCCUGCCCAGCAAUUCUGCCUCCCAGAAGCCCAGCAACCUGUUUGCAAGAAGCAGGUCUGAACAGGAGCAAGGCAUGCCCACUGCAGGAGGCCUAAUAACAAACGGGCCAGAUCAAGAGAGCAGCUGGAUAGGCGUGGGAAAAGCCAGCUUAUCUGCCAAGAGGAGAAAUAAGUGCCCCUCGGACACCGCAGAGGAAAUUGGAAUCUUUGCUACAUCUCAGCCAACUUCUCCAGGGGAUCAUAAAGCCAGAACGCAGGAUGAUGAACUGAAGAAAGAAAAGAUUUCGGGCAAGAGCCCUCUGAUAUUUGCGCUGGAACAAGAGACUUCCCCUGCUGGGUCCCACACUUCCUUUUCAUGGCCCGAACCCCCAAAUGACUUAAUAAGAAGCAUCAGCCAGACAGGAGAACAGGAACCCGAGGAAGCUGGGGAAAUGGAGCAUUUUGUAGACACCCUCCGUAACAUGGACUCCGCUGAACUUCGGAAGCCUUCAAAAGCCCUCUCAAGGACUCCACGCCCUUCCACGCUUGGCAAGCACACCGUCCUUCCGCCUAUCGAUGAGAACCACAUCGUUCCCAAGUCAAAGGUUUCUUUCCCAAUAGCAUUAGACGAGCUGUUUUCCCUCACCGAGGAAAACUCGGAGGCAGGGAAAGGAUCCAAGGGGGAGGAGCUGGGAUUGGCAGAAGAAGACACGGAGGAGAUCGAAAACCCUUACCUCACUAAAGAAGAGAAAUCAUGGGAUAGCAGCGUAGGCAGGAGAUCUUCCUCUUGGGAAAGCCAGCAGUACAAGACUGAGGAAGACUCUGGGCCUCCUUUCCUUGGAAAAGUUCAGGAAAGUCUGGCAAAUAUCAAGGCCAGCGAUAUUGCCCCCAAAACUAUCGUGAAUCAUCAGCCCAACUUGAUCAGAACCAAUGUUCUCUCAGGGAUGUCUCUUUUGUCCAACUUUGUAGACAGAAAGGUUGUGGAAGACAAGCCGUAUUCUCGCUUGGACAACAGCUUUCUUUAUAGCAAGUUCAUCUCCCCAGAAAAGGCUGAACCCAAGAGCCUAACAAAAAGGAAGGAAAUGAGCCCAGUUAUCCAGAGAAAGAGCAGCCAGACGGCUCCAAAUGCACACCAGCAAGUUGCAGCUCCUAAGGAGUUACCACUAACUGCACUCCAUGGUGGGCACCACUUCAAAACGCCGGACACAAGCGGGGGUUCCAAGCAGAUUAUUCUCCUGAGGUCCAGGGAAGCAGAAAGCUUGACGCAAUCAGAAAUCCAGGAAGAGGAACAUAAUCCUGUGAAGAUCAACAAGCGUCCUAGCAAGAUCAUUUUAUACUCCGAGGCAGGCUUUGGAGGGCAGAAAAGAGAAAUCUGGAAUGAUGUCCCGGAUGCCACUUCUUGGGAACUCGCAAACACUAUCUCCAUUCAAGUGAUCCGAGGAGGCUGGUUGAUGUAUGAAAAGCCCCGAUUCCAUGGGAGGAAGUGUGUGCUGGCCGAAGGGAACGUGGAAAUCAGUAACCCUUGGAGAAUGUACUGCAAGGAAGAGUCAGAAGGAGAUAAUGCCCCAUUCCGUAUUGGUUCUCUCAAACGGGUUGUGCAGGAUUUCAGACUCCCCGAGAUCACUUUUUUUGCAGAGGAAAACGGCGAAGGGAGAAAACAGAGGUUCACCGAUUCUGCUGAAGAUUUACGAACAUGUGGCCAACCCUUGAAGGCAGCAUCUAUCAUUGUACACUCUGGCCUGUGGCUCGUUUAUUCAAAACCGUUCUUUGAUGAUGACCCAUAUGUCUUAGAACCUGGUGGGUAUCCCAGUUUGCAAGCCUGGGGUGCAAAAGACCCCUCCAUUUGCUCCAUGCAUCCAAUUAAACUAGGUUCCCCAGUUGUUGAAACGCCUGCAGAGCCCAAGGUUCUAAUUUUUGAGAGGCCACAUUUUCAGGGCCAUAGCUGGGAAGUAAGCCGAGAUAUUUACAACUUAAGGAAGCCAGAAAACAACCAGGAUUCCAUGAUGUCCACUGCUGGUUCUCUGAAAAUCUUGGGAGGCUGCUGGGUUGGCUAUGAGAAAGAAGGUUUUCGUGGCCAUCAGUACCUAUUGGAAGAAGGGGAGUAUUGCGACUGGACAGAUUGGGCUGGCUAUAAUGAAGAGCUGUUGUCACUGAGACUGAUCCGGACUGACUUUGUGGACCCAGCCAUUGUACUUUUUGAAGCUAUGGAUUUUGAAGAUGGCCCCAGUGUUGAGCUCAGUGAGGCCCUGCCAGAUGUUGAGCUGGCCAAAUAUGGGAUCAUGACACAAUCCAUCCAUGUCCUGAACGGAGUGUGGGUAGCCUAUGAAGGCAAGAAUUUCAGUGGGGAGCAAUAUAUUUUGGAGAAAGGAGUGUAUCGCAACUGUGAAGACUGGGGAGCAACCAGUUGCCAGAUCGCCUCCGUGCAACCUGUCCUACAGGUUGGGGAACGCAGCUUGUUCUUCAUUUCUAAGAUCCAACUCUUCUCAGAGCCUGAUUUCUCAGGGAACUCCAUGACUUUUAAGGAGGACCAACCAACUCUUCCAGAGAACUUCAUCCCCCAUUCCUGUAGGGUCAAUGGAGGCAGCUGGAUUCUUUACGAUGGCCACCAGUUUGAUGGUGAUCAGCACAUACUCUCAGAAGGCGAGUAUCCGACACUGAGCUCCAUGGGUUGCGCCUUCACCACAGCGAUCUGCUCUCUGAAGAAAAUCCCUAUUUUCUUCUCUGAGCCCUCCAUCUUUCUGCAUGGAUUGGAAUGUUUCGAAGGGAAAGAGAUUGAGUUGAAUAGUGAAGUACGCAGCCUGAAAGCCGAAGGGUUCAAUAAUCACGUGCUCUCUGUCCGAGUAAAAGGUGGAAUCUGGGUGCUGUGCGAACACAGUGACUUCCGAGGCCGUCAGUGGGUUUUGGAAUGCACAGAGAUCACCAACUGGCUGACAUACAGUGGGGUUCAACAUAUUGGCUCCCUGUAUCCCAUCAAGCAGAGAAGGGUCUAUUUCCGACUAAAAAAUCAAGAGUUGAAGUCCUUCCUGUCGGUGCCCGAUGAUGUUGAAGACAUGAAAGCUGGGCGAGUUCUGGUUUCGGAGAUCAAUGAUCAGAACAGCUGCAUCUGGUACUAUGAAGAGGGACUUAUGAAGAACCAAGUGGCACCCAAUAUGAGUCUCCAGGUGAUUGGUGCAGCUGCAAAGGGCACCAAAGUGGUGUUAUGGUCUGAGAGUCGAAUGCCUCGGCAGACGUGGAGAAUUGAUUCGUCUGGGAGAAUAUGCAGCCAGAUGUUCGAAGAUAAAGUUCUAGAUGUAAAAGGAGGCAGAACCUACGACCAGGAUCACGCUGUCCUCUGGGAUUCCUCUGAAGAGAGACCCACGCAGAUUUGGGAUGUUCAAGUGAUGUGAAGAAGGCAGGAAGGGGAUCGGGAGCAAAAACAAGAGCUCGUCUUGCAAGUCAUGUUUGGGUUGGAAAAGAUUAACCGUGUUUUUUGGUCAAGCUAAGCCACCUGUCCUUUUCCAAAGCUCACAGUCUGGAAAAAAAAGCACAAUUGUUUAAUGACACAGAUCUGAGGCUGACUUUCUCAGUCGGUUUGCACUGGACAUUUUCUUCCUUCUAUACUCUUCUUUUUUUUUUUUAGCUGCCCAGAGUGAUGCUUUCCAAAGUACAGAUUAUUGCACAAUUCGAAGAGGUGAGUUAUUCACCGUUGACAGGGCUGGGACUCAAGCAGGAAGAGGCAUCCCAGCUGGAUUGGAUAUUUAAAGAGAAAUUCAGUUAACAUAAAAACCUAUACAUACAUAUACAUAUAUAGGCAUGCACAAUCAUGCUUGUGCCUUUUACUCUUUUUUUUCCCAAGGGAAAGAGGCCUUCCUACCUUUAAAAAUUCUAUUUAUGUAUCUAUGUAACAUAAGAUGCUUUUAUAAACUUAUCUCUCUCUGGUG